AUGUUCUCUUCUCAGGCACAAGAGAAUGAGUCAGACAACAAUAAUCCGCCGGUAGAUAGCGAACAGCGUUCUCCUCCAAAAGCAAAGGGAAGAGGAUUUAUCCCGUCUACUGCUAAACCCACCGUUGAAGUUACGAUCGGGAAAGUAGGAGUUGAGGUGGCGGAAGGCGGCUCGUCUACCGCAAAGCUCAAUGCAGCGAUUGCCGCUGCGAAAGCAGGUGGUGGGGUGGAGAAUGACCAAAAUGCAAGCGAUUGGGUUGAUGUAAAUGAAACCGAGGAAGAAAGUGGCCCUACAAUUCAUCAAGCGGCGGCUCAAGGCGAAUUCCACACGGUGGCUCAUCUUUUGAACAGCGGUCAGGCUACUGUGAACGAUCGUGACCAGCAAGGAGCGACACCAUUGCAUUGGGCAGCAAUAUCUAACCAUGUGGUUGUCGCGAGGUUUUUGAUUGAUGCUGGCGCGGAUGUAAAUGCGGUUGGAAGCGACUUGAUGGCGACACCAUUACAUUGGGCGGCAAGGUUUGUGGGUGGGUUUGGAGUCGGGGAAGAGGAUGGAAAACUAUAUAAAGGGUAUUCAGCUUGGGAAUGGUGUGAUUAUCGGAAGCUAUCCGGUCAAUAUUUGAACCCAGCACUACGCGACGGACAAGGCUUUAAUGCCCUCCACCUUUCCGUUCAUUCGAUGAACAGCAUGCUUGUCCUAUUCCUUAUAUAUACAUCAAUCGACAUCGAUACGCCUGACGCUCUUCACCAUACACCGUUAAUGUGGGCUGCCUAUCAAGGUGAUCCGUCUACCGUUGACAUUUUAUUAAAGCAUAAUGCAUCAGUAUCAAAAAUCGAUAAUACGCAGUUUACUGCGUUACAUUGGGCAGUUGUAAAGGGAAAUAAACUUUGUAUUAGAAAGUUAUUGGAUGCAGGUGCAGAUGCCAAGGCAAAAGAGGAAAAUGGAAAGACACCUGCGGAUAUGGCGAGGGAAUUGAAUAAAGUGGACGUCUGGCGGAGUGCUCUGCGUGAGGCGGGAAGAAGACGCGACGGUGAACCCAGAGUAACGUUAUUUGACGAGUGUAUUCCAAGCGAGUGCGUUCUGGGUCGCCUUCACGUGGAUUACGAGGGUUAUGUUUUGUAUCCUUUAAAAGAAGUUAUAAAAAUUGCCGAUGUAUCUCUUCGGUACCUGGGAUCCAUGUAUUGUUUCUAUAGAGCAGUAUUGGCAGACCCAGGAUUCAUUCAUAAAUUUCAAUCUCAAGAAGAGCAGAAACAGCUUGUUAUCGAACUUGCGAAUAAAGGGACAUUGGAUAUUAGGCACUUUUGUGCAACAUGCUUAAUAAAGAAACCCCUAAGAUCCAAACAUUGCAAAAUAUGUAAUCGAUGUGUGGCCCGCUUUGAUCAUCAUUGUCCAUGGAUAUUUAACUGCAUUGGAGUAAGAAAUCAUCGACCGUUUAUGAUAUUUCUUAUUAUGAUGAUUGCAGGGGUAUCAAGUUUCCUGUAUCUUAGUAAAGAAUACCUUUCGACAACUUCCUCAUCUUAUCAACCGAUCCCGUCCCAGCCCUGUGUACUACCUUCUACAAUAUGUGCCUGGUUCCAACACGAUACUUGGACGCUAGCACUCUGCAUCUGGAUUGGACUACAACUGACAUGGAGCAUCGGUCUGUUCUUGAUGCAGUCAUAUCAAAUUGCAUCAGCAAAGACAACCAAUGAAAUGGCAAACUUUCAUCGAUACUCAUAUCUGAGUCGUCGCGGAGGCGCAAGAGUGAGAGAGAACAUUCUAGCCACAUUAUCUGCUGGACCUGGUGCUGCAAGUGCAGCACAAGUGGGCGAGGAAGAGAGUGGGUUCGGAGAUCAUGCAAGAGUGAAUAAUAACGAACUUGGAAAUAACGGUCUGCCGGGAGGGAGAGCAGCACAGCUUCUACAAGAACAAUCAGAUGCUUCGGCGUAUGAAGAUAGAUUUAACAAUGGUUGUCUCAAGCUAUUCGUUGGAAGGUCUAGAAAACGCAGAUAUCGUGUACCAGAGAACAAUAACCCAUUUGACUUUGGUUGCUGGAAUAAUUGCGCAGACUUUUGGACUCAGGGCAAUGGUGGGAUGCUGCAACAUGUUGAUUGGUAUGGACUAUACGAUGUACCUCUUAUUGAGAGGUCUGUUAAUAGGAGAAGUGGAGGGUAUGUUGCAGUUGCUGCGACUGAUGAUAACGUGUAA